AUGGUUGAAAUAUUACAAUCAAAAACAGAGAUAAUUAAAACUGAACAACGCAGUGCAACUACCUUCCUCUUUCAUCUCUCACUGAUGUCCUCGCUCGAGUUGAGGGUGCCCCCUGCUUCAUUCCUUUCAACUGCAGUGCAGACUCCAUUCAAUCCCAUAAUGCUGGUGGUAAAUGGGAGCCCUAUUCAAGAGCGAUAUUAUCAGAAACGUAACACAAAAAAGUUAAAAUACAUCACUCGAAUAUUUAUAAAAGAAGAGGAAGCAAAAGAAAGAGAAAAGAGCGAGAGAGCAAUCCACACUCACAACAAAUCCACACUCACAACAUUCCACAUUUACAACAAUCUGCACUCGCAACAAUCCACACUCACAACAAUCUGCACUCUCAACAAUCCACACUCACAACAUUCCACACUCACAACAAAUCCACACUCACAACAUUCCAUACUCACAACAAUCUGCACUAGCAACUAUCCACACUCACAACAUUCCACACUCACAACAUUCCACACUCACAACAAUCCACACAUUCAACAAUCCACAACGACAACAUUCCACACUCACAACAAAUCCACACUCACUACAUUCCACACUCACAACAAAUCCACACUCACAACAUUCCACACUCACAACAGUCUGCACUCACAACAAUCCACACUCACAACAAAUCCACACUCACAACAUUCCACACUCACAAAAUUCCACACUCACAACCAAUCCACACUCACAACAUUUCACACUCACAACAAAUCCACACUCACAACAUUCCACACUCACAACAAUCCACUCACUUUUAUUGCAAAGUACAUUUAA